AUGCUUCCCUCUCAACUGAAUAGCUCCCCCAAGCGGGCCAAUCCGUUUGGUCGGUCUUCGCCAUCUUCAGCACCACACUCACAGCAAAGGCCCAAAUCAGCUAUCAUUACUCCUUCAAAUGGAUUGGAGUCGGCGAAAGGGCAUCUCCGCAACUCUUCUGUCUCACAACUGUCCCCCGCACGGUCUCCAGCUUCAACAACCCGUGAACGAUCCAACUCCGGCCGUAACAAUGCUUCGUCCGGAACCUUUGCGCCAAGUUUUAUCAAGUCUGAGGAAAUGCGACGCAGUGCGGACCAAAUCCGUGGAUUGGAGGGCGACAAUGAUUUUUCCGGUAACAAGUACGUCUGGCUGAGGGAUCCUGAAAAGGCCUUUGUUCGUGGCCUUGUGUUAGAAGAGUUGGAGGGAGGCAAACUUUUGGUCCAAAGUGACGAUGGAGAGCAACGCGAAGUUGAAGCCGAUCAAGUCGACAAGGUCAACCCGGCCAAGUUCGACAAAGCCGACGAUAUGGCCGAGCUGACACAUUUGAACGAGGCCUCCGUGGUACACAAUCUCCACACGAGAUAUCAGUCGGAUUUGAUCUAUACAUAUUCCGGUCUUUUCCUGGUCACCAUCAACCCUUACUGUCCCCUCCCAAUCUAUACGAAUGAGUAUAUCAAGAUGUUCAAGGGUCGUGGGAGGGAGGAAACUCGUCCACAUAUCUUUGCGAUGGCGGAUGAAGCAUUCCGUAACUUGGUUGAGGAGGGUGAAAACCAAAGCAUCCUGGUAACAGGUGAAUCCGGUGCUGGUAAAACCGAGAACACGAAAAAGGUCAUCCAAUAUCUGGCCGCAGUCGCCACAUCUGACACUCCCUAUGGACGAUCUGGAACUAAGAAUCUCACAAAUCUUUCACAACAAAUUCUUCGUGCCAACCCUAUCCUCGAGGCAUUCGGAAACGCUCAAACAGUCCGCAACAACAACUCUUCCCGAUUCGGAAAAUUCAUUAGGAUUGAAUUCUCACGGUCUGGUCAGAUCUGCGGAGCAUGGAUCGACUGGUACUUGCUUGAAAAGUCACGAGUUGUCAAACCAAAUUCCAACGAGCGUAACUACCACAUUUUCUACCAGCUACUCCAGGGAGCAGACAGGAAAACUCGAGAGAAGCUGUUGCUCGAUAACCUUCAAGUGGAAGAUUUCUCAUACACCAGAGAUGGAAAUGACUCUAUCGUGGGCGUUUCUGACAAGGAUGAGUGGAACUCUCUGGUCGAAGCAUUCCACGUCAUGAAUUUCUCUGAGGAUGACCAGAUCUGUAUUUUACGCACCAUUGCCGCAGUGCUGCACCUUGGCAAUGUAUCCGUCGCAAAGGCGAGCGCGCGUGCAGAGCAGGCAGCGCUGAAUUCGGAUGGACAUGCGAGCUUGGAGAAGGCCUGCCAGCUUUUGGGCAUUCCAACAGAACCCUUUGUCAAGGUCAAAGCUGGUCGAGAAUGGGUUGAAAAGGUCCAGACUCCCGAGCAAGUUCGCCUCGCCCUGGAUGCGCUGUCUAAGGGUAUCUAUGAGCGUGGCUUCGGGGAUCUUGUCACUAGAAUCAACAACCAGCUCGGCCGUUCUAUGGCUGAUGACAAUUAUUUUAUUGGCGUGCUGGAUAUUGCUGGUUUUGAAAUUUUCGACAACAACAGCUUCGAACAGCUUUGCAUUAACUAUACCAACGAGAAGCUUCAACAGUUCUUCAACCAUCACAUGUUUGUGCUGGAGCAGGAAGAAUACGCGAGGGAACAGAUCGAGUGGCAGUUCAUUGAUUUCGGCAAAGAUUUGCAGCCGACAAUCGACUUGAUCGAAUUGACCAAUCCAAUUGGUAUCUUCUCCUGCUUGGAUGAGGAUUGUGUGAUGCCUAAGGCCACAGACAAGUCUUUCACCGAGAAACUUCACUCGCUCUGGGACCGUAAAACGCCAAAAUACCGCUCCGCUCGCCUCAGCCAAGGCUUCGUUCUCACACAUUACGCCGCCGAAGUCGAGUACACCACGCAUGAUUGGCUCGAGAAAAACAAGGAUCCUUUGAAUGACAACAUCACACGUCUCCUGGCGGGCUCCGAACAACCACAUGUCGCUAACAUUUUCGCCGACUGCGCCGACCCCGAGUCAGGAGGUGACUUCCCUCGCAGCCGAGUCAAGAAGGGCCUGUUCCGAACAGUAGCUCAACGACACAAGGAACAGCUCGCGACUUUGAUGAGCCAGCUUCAUUCCACCCAUCCCCAUUUCGUGCGUUGUAUCUUGCCAAACCACAAGAAACGACCCAAGAUGCUUCACGCACCCUUGGUUCUGGAUCAACUUCGCUGCAACGGUGUCUUGGAAGGAAUUCGAAUUGCGCGAACUGGCUUCCCCAAUCGACUACAUUUUGCUGAGUUUAGGCAACGAUACGGGGUUCUCUGCCAAAAUAUGCCGAAGGGCUAUCUGGAGGGCCAGCGCGCAGCUCAAAUGAUGCUUGAGAAGUUAGGCAUGGACCGGUCUUGGUAUCGCGUUGGUCGGACCAAAGUUUUCUUCCGAGCCGGUGUUCUAGCCGACCUGGAAGAGAAGCGAGAUGAGAUAAUUCGGACCAUCAUGACUCGUUUCCAAUCCCUGGCCCGAGGAUUCGUCCAGCGCCGCAUCUCGAACAAACGCCUAUACCGGGCUGAGGCAACCCGUAUCAUUCAGCAAAACUUCCACUCAUAUCUUGAACUUAAGGGUAGUCCCUGGUGGCGCAUGUUCUCAAGGAUGAAGCCUCUCCUUGGUGACACGCGUACUGCGAAAGAAGUUCAAAGAAGAGAUGACAAGAUCAAAUCUUUGGAAGAGAAGAUGAAGCGAGAUAUCUUGGAUCGUCAAAAGGUCGACGAGGAGCGCAGACGUACGGAGAUGGAGAUCCAGAAGAUCCAACAAACCUUGGAAAGUGAGCGUGCCCUUGCCCUCGACAAGGAAGAAAUAUUCAAGCGUCUGCAAGAACGAGAAGGAGAGCUGGCAGAAAAGCUGUCCGAGGCCAUUGCCGAUCAGGAGAGUCUGGAAGAACAACUUGACGAGUUGGUUGAUGCGAAGAGGAAGACUGAUGAGCAGCUCCAACUCCGGAUCACUCAACUUGAACAAGCCGGGCAGAUCAUUCAGACACUAGAGGCCGAGAAGAAUGACGCACAAGCUCGCUUGGCCGAGCUCGACGAAAAGUUCACUGAAGCCGAAGGUCGAUUCUCCGGCAAGGACAACCAGAUUCAAGAGCUUGGACAAGAAAUCAAGAUGCUCCAAAGUCACUUGAGCCUCAAGGACCGAAAGCUCCAAGAGCUUGAGACCAAGCUCCUAAAAACAGAUCAAGAUCUUGAUGUUAAACUUGCCAACACCUCCAAAGAGCUCGAGAAGUCGAAGAAACAAGUUCGUGACCUUCAGGACGACAAUCGGUCCGUACGUCAACAAAUUUCUGAGCUCUCUGCUACUUCUACCGGCUAUGAAGAUCUCUUGCGACGGAAAGAGAGCGAAAUGGCCGUUCUCCGGAACGAUGCGAAGAAACACAGCGAAGAAAAGCAGAGUAUCGAAACCGAGAGGAAGUCUCUUUCAACUCGACAUGACAACAUGCAACAACGUCUCCGUGAAGUGCAAGCGGAGAGGGAUGCUAUGCGAUCGGAGAAGGCUCAGCUUGAGCGUGAAGCGGCCGCUGUCAAGCAACUCCUUGAGGACAAAAGAACCGAAGAUGCCGAGGCUGGUGAAAGCCGGAAAUUCCUGGAACACCAAGUGCAUGACCUCAAGGACCAACUGUUCAAGGUCGAAGCAGACCUCAGCCGAGAGCGCCAAUCAAGGGACGAUGUCCAAAUGCUCUCCGACCACAACCUUUCAGACUUGAAAACUAAGUAUGAAGCUCUCAAUGAAUCCAAGAUUACAAUCGAGAGGGAGAUGUACAUUCAGCAAGACACCCUUCGCCGAGCCAACGAGGCCCGGGCUCAUGCGGAGACGUCACGAAAGGAUCUGCAGAGCGAAUUGAUCAAACUCCGCGAUCGGUUUACGAAUGUUGAGAGUGCUCGUUUGAAUGCCGAGGCCGAAAUCGAACGCAAGAUCAAGAACCAGGCCGAUGAGCGUAUCACCAGUCUGCGUAAGGAUCUGACCGAGAAGACGGAACUACUUGAAGAUAUUGAGGCGGAACGGUCUGAGCUCGCUGUUCGGGUUCAGGAGCUCACCCAUGCAAUUUCCGAAUCUGAUAAUUUCCGUAUUCGCCAUGAUCAGCACAAGGAACGUCUGGAGCGAGAGCUGGUAACCCUACGAGGCCGAUUGACCGCUUCAGAGAACGACAACCGAUCUCUGCUUACGAAGAUUCAACAAAAGAACCUCGACAUUGCUCGUUCAACUUCCAAAGCGAGUGACAAUAAUAGACUCCGGUUGACCAAUCUUCAGAAGGAGAAGAACAAACUCGACGAAGAAAACAAGAGGCUGGAGCGUCAGCUUGGAGAGUCUCAGCUUGCUAUCACAUCCCUUGAAAAACAAAAGGAGAAACUGGCUUUGAACCUGGAGGACAUAAACCAUGAGAUUCAGAGGGAACACAAGACUAGCCGCAACGCAGAGAAAGCCGCUUCAACUGCCAAUAUUCAGCUUGCGGAAGCAAAUCGAAACCUUGAAAACGAGCGCCAACUUCGGAACCAGGCUCAAUCAAACACCCGCCAAGUCCAGGGAACACUUGAUAGAAGCAACAAGGAGAUCGAGGAGUUGCACCGAAAGCUCAUCCUUCUCCACCGCGUGUUUGAGCCCGAAGCGACGGAAGUUAGUCAGUCAUGGGAAGCCGUCCAGCCACAGUUGUCGAAACAGAUUGACCUCGCGCAAGUUAUCGACACUGUGCAGCACAAACUAAAGGUCUCUGAGGAGAAGCAUGCCAGAGCUGAAAGCCAGCUUGCCGAGAUGCGCCGCCGCCAUGCCGAUGAGAUGAAGGACUUGGAUACCAAGUAUUCCUCCUCCAAGCGUGCAUUGCUCGAAGAAAUCGAUCAGAAUGAAGUGGCCAACAACCGUACGCCUCAGCAUUUCCGGAAGAACUCCGAAAACGCGCUUAAGCGAUUCUCCAACCCUUCGACGCCCAACAGACUCCAAAACGUCUACGAAACGGCGAAUGACUCUGCUCGCUCUGACAGGACCGUGGAUACCGUCGGGUACCAGAGGCGUAUGGACACAGCAGCUGAGAUUGAAGAGCUGCAGAACAAGCUUCAGAUGACCGAGAUGCAGAACCGCCACCUGCAAAGCCAGAUUGAACACUCAACUCCCGGUAGAGAUAUUUGGCAGGAUGACAGCCCCUCUGUUCGUCGCAUGAACCUCCUUGAGCGCGAGAACGGUCGUCUCCAUGAUCAGCUUGAUGACUCUGCCAAGAAGGUCUCAUCUUUGGAACGCAGUAUUCGUUCCGGUGAAUUAUCGCUGCGCGAUGUUCAGGCCAAAUCACACGAGGAGCUGUAUGACUUGAUUAACUCACAGGAGCAGUCCCGGCGCUCGCUUCUUAAGGUCCACAAUGAGACUAUGGCUGACUUCGGUGAGGCCAAGUCUCAUUUUGAGAAGCUCAAGCGCAGCCGUGCUUCUCUGGAAGUUGAGCUUCGUGACGCCCGCUCCGAAACCCAGGAGAUGCAAGAAAUCCACGACCAGGACGCCCUCAGCCGCAAUCAACUCCUCUCAGAAUUCUCUGAUCUUCAGAUUCGUCUCGAUUCAGAAUCCUCGAGAGCCGCCGACCUGGAGUCUAGCCUCAGUCUAUAUAAGACUCGUGCUGAUGAGUACUUCAACAGGAUUGAACAAGCUGAGAUCACUGUUCUAAAGGCUACUCGGGCCGAGAACUUCGCCAAAUCCCGUUGCCAGGAAGCUGAAGAGACCUGUGCCCAGAUUAUGUCCGAGCGAAAGGAAAUGGACGGUCUUGUGGAGGACUUGCAACGUGAAACUGCCUCUCUGGAGGCUCGCAUGGAAGAUCAAGCUGCCGAACUCCAGGCUGCCUUGCAAUCGAAGCAGCGUCUUCAGAACGAGCUAGAGGACUACCGUAACCAGCGGGCCAUCGACAUCGAAGACAAGGAGACUUCGAUGGAGCAGACCAGACAAAAGUACCAGAGAGAGUUCUCCACCAUCAACAGUGAGCUUGAGGCGGAACGGGAGCGUGUGCUGCACUCCCGGGGUGAGAACACCCGUCUGCGCGAGGAGCUUGAAGAUCUCCGAAGCAAGUGGGAUAACGAAGUUCUCAACAGCUCCACUUGGGCCAAGGAGAAGGCCCGCCUGGACAUGGUCAUGCAAGACAUCAGCAACUCGCGCGAUGAAGCGUCUAAGGCACACAACGAGGCUCAAACCAAAGUGGUCUCCCUUCUUUCUCAAGUCCGGGCUCUGCGCACCUCUGUCGAUGAUGUCACUGCCGAACGUGAACUUCUUCUGAAGGACAAGAAGAUGCUGGAAGGUCGUUUGGCCGAGGCUGGCGAGCGCCUAGAAGAUCUUGCCAAGGGUGAAAGUCCGUCUAUGCGCAAUGCGGCUAGCAUGGAUCGUGAGCUUCUUGAGCUCAAGUCUAAGCUUGCUCAGCAGGAGGAUGUCUCUUCCGCGGCUGUUGGCAAGAUGCGCCGGGCUGAUGCUCUGAACACUGAAAUGCAGAAAGAGCUCACUGCUGAACGCGAGGCCCAUGCCCAACUAUUCAAGGAUAAGACCGGGCUUGAGAAGCAGCUCAAGGAGGUCCAACUGCGAUGCGUGGAUCUUGAAACCAAGGGCUAUUCGUCCGGUAGUCAAGAUGUGCGAUUCCUGCACAAGCGCAUCAAGGAACUUGAAACCCACCUCGAGGACCAAGAGAACAAGAACAGUGCUGAACAGCGCUCUCUUCGGAACGUUGAUCGCACUGUGAAGGACCUCCAAUCUCAAAUCGAUCGACGCGAGAAGAUCAAUGUCCAGCUUACCGAAGAUAUGAACAAGGCCCAGGAUAAGAUUUCCCGCCUUCUUCAGAACAUCGAUGAGCUCAACCAAGGCGAUACCGAUACUCAAAUGCGUGUUCGUCGCGCUGAGCGCGAAUUGCGCGAGGAGAAGGAGAAGGUGCUCCGCUUGGAGCGAGAGCUUGGCAAAAUCCGCGGUAGCGUCAUUGGUCGGCCCCCAAUGCCUGCGUUUAGCGAUACUGGUAGCCGGAAGGGAAGUGCUGCUUAUGGAUCUAAUGACGCCCUUCAGCGGAAGCCCAGCAACACCAAAGGAUUUCUGUGA